AUGGGGCAGUCGAGGUCAUUGUCGUGUUCAAUAAUCACAAUGUUGAUAGUAAUAUUGAUCAUGUUGGAUGCCCAUAUUCUUACGGAGAGUCCUUCGGCAGGAAGGGAAUUUUCGAACAGACAUAGGAAAAAACCAAAUAAAAUCAACUACGCAGACGCUUUAACGAAAAGUAUAUUAUUUUUCGAAGGACAACGAUCAGGAAAAUUACCUGGAAAUCAAAGAAUAACAUGGAGGAAAGACUCUGCUGUCUAUGAUGGUUCAUUAGUCGGGGUUGAUCUAUCGGGAGGAUACUACGAUGCUGGGGACAACGUCAAGUUUAAUUUUCGAAUGGCGUACACAACAACUAUAUUAGCCUGGAGCGUAUUGGAGUUCGGCCAACUCAUGGGUUCUGAUCUACAACAUGCUAUAGAUGCAAUAAAAUGGUCAACAGAUUAUUUCAUUAAAUGCACGAAUAACCCCGACUUGAUUUAUGUUCAAGUUGGGGAGCCUUAUAGUGAUCAUAACUGUUGGGAUAGGCCAGAGGAUAUGGACACUGAUCGAAUGGCGUAUGCUAUUAACGCGACGCAUCCUGGCUCUGAAGUUGCAGCAGAAAUGGCUGCUGCAUUAGCAGCUUCCUCUAUUGUCUUUAAGUCUAUCGACCCUGCUUACUCUAAAACACUUCUUUAUAGGGCAACACAGGUUUUUAACUUUGCAAAUACUUACCAAGGAAAUUAUAAAGACAGCUUGCCGAAUACUGUUUCCCCUUUCUAUUGCGAUUUUAGUGGUUUCCAGGAUGAAUUGGCCUGGGGUUCUGCAUGGCUAUACAAGGCUACACAUGAUCCUGUCUAUUUGAAUUUCCUCAACGCGAAUAUAAAAAAAUUGGAGUCGGAAAAUUACGUUAGUUAUGCCGAAUUUGGAUGGGAUAACAAAGAAGCUGGCAUCAACAUUCUCACUACCAUUCAACUGCUUUCGAAAGGAUCGUCACUCUCCAAGUAUUUAUCCAACGAUGGAAAGGAAUACCGCUUCAAUGCAGAUAGAUUUGUUUGCAGCAUAUUGCCUGAAAAUCCCACGAGCGUAAAUUAUUCUAGAGGUGGCUUAAUUCACAAACCUGCAGGAAGCAACAUGCAAAAUCCAUCAGCAAUUUCGUUUAUUACUCUUGUCUAUGCUGUCCAUUUAGAUCGUGCCAAACAAGCCGUUCAAUGUUCUGACGGAACUACUGUUACUCCACAAAGAAUGGUGGAUUACAUUUUGGGAAAAAAUCCAUUGGGUAUGUCAUAUAUGGUGGGAUAUGGUAACAACUUCCCAACUCGAAUACAUCAUCGUGCAUCUUCAGUACCAUCGCUCGACCAAUAUCCACAACGUAUGCACUGUAAAGAUGGGACACCCUACUAUGAAACCUCAAAUCCUAACCCAAAUUUGUUGAUAGGAGCUGUUGUUGGAGGACCUGAUAUCAUGGAUCAAUAUGCCAAUUCUCGACAAGAAUUUUCUGCAUCUGAACCUACAACUUACAUUAAUGCGCCUCUCACCGGGCCGUUCACUUACUUUGCUCACAAUACUUAA